UCAUCUUCAUUGGACACAUUCGUCAACCAUUGGAAUUCCCAAUCGCAGGCAGGAGUCUCUCUCUCUCAAUCUCUCUCGCUCUCUCUUCAAUUAUGAGUUUUAGUAAUCUUCCUCUCUACAGUAUUCUUUCCGAUUGCUGAAAACAAAAUACAUUUCGACCAACACAAUUCAUCCACAGCUACAAACUCUACAAUAACUCAAACAAGCUUUCCGUUUGAUUUCAUGGUUGUUGUUGCGACCUUCAUUCUCUAGCGCCUUUCUCUGAAAAAAUCUGCGCUUUUAAUCGAAUCCUACCUCAAAUAACAUGGCGGGAAUCGCUAUAGUAUUGGAUCUGCUAAGGAAAAAUCAAGGGUCAAGUGGCCAAGCCCUACAUUCACAUGGUUUGCUCUCAGCUUCUCUCGCAGCUUCCACUGCCGCCGCUUCUGUUGCUGCAGGUUACCCUUUCGCUGCUAGGGCUUUCUUUGGUGAUUCUGGAAGGUCAGUAGCAUAUUGUGAUGCUGGAGCUGUAGUAACAGAUGAUUAUAUUUCGAGCAUAAGAAGUGCAUCUGCGAAUAUGUUUCAGCAUGACUUCCUGAAAUAUACUACGAAAGAGUACAUCAUUGAACCAAAGCCUCUAUUUUCGGCUUUUGGAAUGAGGAAUCUAGCUCUAACAUCAUUGAGGUCUUUCCUAAUGUUUUAUUUGCCACUUUUGGAGCACAAUAAGAUGGAAGAAGACGAAGAUGAUGCCAACUUCUUACAGGAUGAUACUCAGGAGCAUCGUGUAGAUCUUGUUACUCCCUUCAAGAAAUCCCUCAUGCAAAUUGCUCGUGAGACGUCAGUUGUGACAACCAGAAGGAUUCUUGAAAGGCUUGCUAUCCACAAUGUUUCACAGAGGAUGGCGUGGAAACUUCUUAAAGAUGCACCCAAUUCAGCAAUUCGAAAGUCUGUGAGAAAGUUGCCAACUCAUGUUUAUUUCUUCGCGGUUACUAGAACAACAUUCAGAGGUCAUCUACUAGGAGUUUUAGCAUCAUGGGUAGUUCAGAUCGGGAUUGAUACAUACAGAUACUUUCAAAGCAUAGUCAAACACGAGGCUGAUGAAAAUUUCGAUAAAUCGGAGCAAACCAGAAUUCUCGCGAGGAAAGUUUAUGGCACUACAAUAAGGUGCAGUUCCUCGCUUAUUUUCGCAUCUAUUGGGGCAGGGAUUGGAUCAACCUGUUUUCGCCCUUCGACUGGUCAAUGGAUUGGCUGUGUACUUGGAGAUUUUGCUGGACCGACUAUUGUAACAUUCUGUUGCGAGAGGGCUUUUCAUGCGGCUGUGGUUUAGAGCAUAAAAAAUCACUCGAGAUAUUUGAACAUUUCGAAGAACAACAGACAUCGAUGACAGAUGACUUAUGGUAUCAGCAUUUUGUUCAAUGAAUAAUUUUUAACUGGAACAUAAUACAUAAUAUUGUGUUGAAAUGUUCUUUCUUUCUUCUUCUUUUUUUGCCAACAAUCAUCAUCAGUUCAAAGGAGGAAACUCUGAGAGAGCAAUAUGCAGAGCCAUGUUGAUUCUGAAUGAAUUUAACUUUUUAUUAUUACCACA